ACGACCGUACACCACACCUCGUGUCACUGUCCACGAGUUCGAUUAACAUUGAUCGUGCGCCUGUCGUGGCCGAGCCGUUCCGUUGCGGAAGGAUGCCUCAUCCGGAGGUCUUCAUGGAUUAUAUCGCCGAGGGGUUAGGUCCGCAGUCGUGGGCUUAUGGAGUCGUCGACAUCCUUGACGGCAUGACGAAAAAUUUCACGUCACCGUACAUAAUUUUUUACCCUACCGUGUCUCGUGACGGCAUGCCCUUCCCGGUCAACAAGUAUAUUCGCGAAGUGCAGGGCCGCGAUUACUUCCAGGAAGCCAAGGCGUGGAGGGGGAACAUCGUGUUCGCAAAAUAUCGCGACCAGGACUACUCUGACAUGAUCAACGCUUCCAUGGCUGACUUUCCCAUAGUGAAGAACUGGCUGCAAACACACAGGGUGGGCUAGGGGUGCUUAUGAUCGAGAUGAUCCUCCCCUCCCUCUCCGGUGCCGUUCAUGCAGAGUCCCGGCAGGUUCUGGGCAUCGAUCAGAAAUCACACAAACUAUCACACUAUGCAUUCCACGAGACAAGAACUAUCGUAGUAUACCACAUAUUUAUACCGAGAUUCCGCCAAUGGAACGACAUUUCUGCGAC